AUGAGCAAGCGAACGUUAUUCGAACAGAAAAUCUCCAGUGGAGACAGGAAUGGCUUUUGGAAGCUGAAGAGUGCGAAAGUCGACUGGGAUCUGGUACUGGCUCGUUGCUUUCUGGACAAUAUUGUUGUAAAACGGAAGGCUGCCGGUAUUUUGGUAGGAACGCAUAGCGGCGCGCGGCAAGAUAUACCCUCGACGAAGAGUGGUCACGCUCCCCCACAAAGGCCGAUCGAUGAUUCUGAAUAUGUUCUGCUGCCGCGAAACCAGACGCGCCAGUUGUCAGGCCUUGUGGCCUUUGCUAGCGCCCUCCGCUGGCCUGAAAUUGAGAGAGUGGUAGAAGGGUUGUCGAAUAGAUUAGGCAUCGUUGACAGCCUUGCACAGUCGCUAGGCCAGCUAAUGUCGACAAACGAGAGGUUCGUCGAGCUCAGUAUAUCGCCUUUUACAAGUGUUUACGGUACCCCAUUGCCCAAACCUUCAAGCACUAGCAACAUUUCCGGGAUCUACUUCCACCGCAAUGACCCGGAUUCCGCCGUAGAAACACCUGCGCUUAACGAUCCCCUUGAACAGCUCCACGAAUCCAAAUGA